GUUUGAUUGUGUUCUGUAAUGACGCAAUGUAUGUUAUAUAUCCUCCGAGGGAAAUACAAGAAACGGUCAAGACUCGAGAGAGGGGAUUAGAAAAAUGAACAGAGGAUUCGGGAAAAAGACUGCAACUUUUUUUCUCCCUUUCUCAUUCCAAUCUCUCUCUCUCUUUCUCUUCUUUUUGUGCCGCCCCAUUUCCUUUUAGACAUACCAAAGCUAACGAAACAGCUCUUCAUAGCUGUUGCCUAGGCAAGAAAAAAAGGAAAAGGGAAAAAAAGAGAAGUGAACAACAGGAUCGCAUUGCCUUUUUGAUUCUGGCAAUCUUGGGUUUUUAGCUCAGGCUUUACGGGGUCUGAUCUCUUCACUGGAUUGCCAUCAGCAGAUAAAGACCCCAUAGAAAGAAAAGGACACUGAGGUGGAGAGAGAAUUUGAUCUCUGAUAUGAUGGGAACAAGAGUUAAAAUCAGGAGAUUUGUGAUCAUGUCGGCGAGGACAUGUUACAGAUCAGUUUGCAAUCAUCCGUUCCUUGUGGGUAUGUUGUGCUUCUUGUUUUUCAUGUACAGAUCAUUUCCAUUUCUGUUUUCGCUUUUGGUGUCUGCAUCCCCUGUUUUGGUCUGCACCGCUGUUCUGCUCGGCACACUUUUGAGCUUCGGGCAGCCAAAUAUACCCGAGAUCGAAAAGGAAGAGAGAAUUACGCACGAUGUUGCUUCUCUUAAAGCUGGUGUCGUGCAAAACGCCACUAUUGUCAACCGCAAUGAGGACUGUGUUGUGGAGAGAUUUGUGGGAAGGGAGAGAGAAGUUGUUGAUAGAGCUGUCCAAGAAGUGGGUAGUCCAGAUGGUAAAACCAGUAUGGUUGAGGAAGAUGAUGGCUUGCUUGAAUCGACUCGGUUGAUCAAUGAUAGUCCCCAGGAAAACCAAGGCGAAAAGCAGGUGUAUGAGGAAGCGGCCGAGGGGUUUCGUGAUCUGGAGCAGGAGAAUGAUGCUAGUGUUCAUGACGAGAAGUCGGAUGUUGAUGGUCAUGAAGAUGGAGGACAUCAGUAUACGUUAAUUCAGGAGGAAGAGUAUCACAAUCUUGAAAGGGAAAAUGGUGGAAUGGCGAGAGAUUUAACUGAUGCUCAUUUGGAAAGUCCACUGGGGUCCAAAUGGAAAGAAAUUGAUGAGGAGGACGACGACGACGACAUGUCUGUGGGUUCUGGUUCUGAUCAUUCAGAGAGCUCAUCACCUGAUGCUUCAAUGGCCGACAUCAUGCCAAUGCUUGAUGAACUACACCCGCUUUUAGAUGUUGAUGCUCCACAACCAGCUCACCUGCCGCUUGAUGACUCUGACGUUGCCUCGCAGCAUUCCAGCAAGAGUGAAAAUGGGAUUUUGGAGUCUGAUGAGGAUAACAAGAAUGAGGAGGGAGAUGAUGAAAAUGAUGUAGGAGAGGAGGAGGAGGAAGAGGAAGAAGAAUCUCAGAGAGGCAAAGAGGAUGAAAGUAAGUCUGUGAUUACUUGGACAGAGGAUGACCAGAAGAACCUCAUAGAUCUGGGUACUUCAGAGCUGGAAAGGAACCAACGGUUGGAGAAUCUCAUUGCCAGGAGGAGAGCAAGGAAAAACCUAAGAACAAUGACAGAGAAAAAUCUGAUAGACUUUGAUAGUGAUGAUCUUCCCUUUAAUGUGCCUCUUAUUGCAACUAUGAGAAGAAACCCUUUUGAUGGUCCUGAUGAUUCAUCUUAUAAUGUGGGUUUGCCACCGAUCCCCGGGUCUGCGCCUUCAAUUAUGUUGGCAAGAAGAAAUCCCUUCGAUAUUCCCUACGACCCCAAUGAAGAAAAACCUGAUCUUAAGGGAGAUACCUUCCAGCAAGAGUUUGAGACAUUUCAUCAGAGGGAUACUUUCUUCCGCAGGCAUGAGAGUUUCAGUUUGGGACCCUCGAAUUUAGGGGUUCCGAAGCAAGAGAAGCAAGACUCCAAGUGGAGGCCCUUUUUUGUGCCUGAACAGUUUGCUUCAGAGGGAACAAGUUUCCACCCUAUGCAAAGACAGUCAAGUGAAGUAAGUGUAAGUGACUCGAAGGUGAGUUCUGUUCCUGAUACAGAAUCGUUGUCUUCAAAUGCUGAUCAAGAUGACAAGAGGGUGAGUGAACAUGGUUCUUCUCAAGAAACAGAAGGCAUUUCCAACGUAGACCAAGCUUCCCUGCUUGUGGAACACGGAAGCCAAUCUUCUGAAGAUGUAGAUUCUCACGAUAUCGAAGAUGUUGAGGAGAAUGUCACUCCCCGUGAGGAGAUUGAGAUAAUUUUAGGUAAUGUAGAUGGUCAGCACGAACUGGAACCAAGUUUGCCUGAAAAUGGAGAACCAACUGAUUCUUUGCAUACAAAUGUGAACAAAACGCAACAGAAAGUAGAAGCAGCUGAAGAGGAGUACAGCAGUGGAUCAAGCUCGUCGUUCUUCUCAGAAGUGAAUGAAACGGUUGCUGAUGUGAAACAAGAACUAGUGACUUCAAUAGAUGAUCUCGGUGAGGAACCUCGCCUUGCUCGGGGGCAUCCAGUCGAAGACUUGGAUAUUACUCUCACAGCCAAGGCAGAGGAUUGUAAUCCGCAUAAGGAGCCUGUUUAUGAUUCUAGCCCGCCAGCAGUUGAAAAAUACCUGUCUUUCAAGUCUAUUUCGUCUGACGUGCUAGGUGAUGUGUCUGAAAUGAGUUCGACUCCAGAAUCGACAAGGUCAGCCUGUGUUGACAAAGAGUCUGAAGGGCCUGGUGAGAUGCCGAAAGAGGAACCCAACUAUGAAGAGAUGUUUGCCGCUGCUUCACCGGUAUAUGCUGAAAAUGAAGAUGAAUUGAGCUACAGGGAAGUUGCAGAGAAUGCUGAAGAAAACGCCUGCGAAGGUGAACAGUCCAUAAAUGAUGAAUUGGGUAGCAAGAGUGAAUCUCUGGUCCUUAGUACUGUGUCUGAGCAUGUCCUAACUGGUCCAAGUUUGCCUUCAUGGAGUGAAUCAAUGGGGGAGGACAGGAUACGUGAGCAUGAUUCUCAUAAUGAACACAGUCACCUUGUGUCCUCGAGCUCUGAUGCUGAGAGCCCCAGCUGGAUCCAACAAAGUGAGGGUGAGAGGCAAGACUCUGAACAGGAAGAAAUCCACUUAUCAUUCGGGGAUGGACCAUCCGAAGCUGUUUCGCCAUCGAAGGAUGACUUCGUGCAUCAUGAACAGCUUCAAGUCAACUCAAGUGCUGGUUCGGAGACCAGUAAUACAUGUGCCCAACAUCCGUCUGAGCACGUGGAUAUGGAAAUUUCUCUUAACCAGCAAGUAACUUUUGAUGACUUAGGUUCUUCCACACCGGAUAAGCAACCAACUUCUCUGGCAUAUGAGACUGUUUCUGUUAUCCAUGAAUAUUUUUCUUCCGUAGAACCUGAAAGCACGAAGGAGCAUUCAUUUGACAAGGAGGAUAUUACCCAGAAUGUAGAAAAUCAAGUUCAGUCAUCAACAUCCAAUGCAGUGAAAGAUGCUGGUGUCUCCCAGGAUUUGGAGACAAAGGCAUUUUCUCACGGUUCUACAUAUGAUCUGAUGCCCAGUGAAAACAAGCUGUCGGAAUUGGAAAGGCAACAAUCCUGCUCGGAUAAAACAAGUCAACCAUCUAUUGAUGACCCUAAGGGGGAAGAGGUACUAUCUGCGACAGUGGCAGAGCCUGUUGUAGAAAUAAUCAGCCCUAAGGGCAUAAAUGCCGAUGAAAUGUGUGAUGUCGAAGAAAAGACUUUAACAGAUGCCUCUACCUUGACUCGGGAUUUUACCUCAAAUCCAGAUGAGACACUUGAACAUGUAUCGCGAGCUGCCGAAUCAAGAGCUGUCAAUGCUCAUGAUACUGAAAUUGGAAGCCAUGGUCAAGUCGUGACAUAUUCUGAACAAUUAGCAGAAUCGUUUGAAUCUCAUGUUUCUGGUGAAAGCAUGCAUGAAGAUGUUGAUGAUAUUAAGGAGAUUGAUGAAGAGUUUUUGAGGGAGCUGGAUAAUGUCGGGGACUUCAGAGUCAAAGAGGCUGAUGAUGAUUCUCUUAGUUCCAAGCUUUUGCCAGGGGAAGCCAGCGUGGGAACUGAUGGGAGUGAGUUGACGUACAAAGACCAAGAACCAGGCGAAAGUAGCUUAAAGUUGCCAGUUGUUGAAGCUAGAUCUAUUGAAGAUGUCACAAUGACCUUCAGAAAAUUGCAUGAAGGAGGAGAUCUUGUUGAAGCAAUCCUAUCUUGUCCUAUUGUUAAUGAGCGAAGUCUCAAUGACUCAAAUAUUGAAGAUGAAAAUAAUUCAGCUUCACCGAUUGAUGAAGCUAGAUCUCUCCAGGAAACCCACAUUAAUACAGAGCAUAUCUCGGAAGAAAGUGAGGAAGAGCAGCUGAACAUCCACAAGAGUAAACCAGCUGAACCUGAAGCUGAUGAGGGGAGUCCCGCCAAGGUUGUUGAAUCUGAUAAUGUGGAAUCUGGUGUUUCAGAGACUAAAAGUGUUUCUUUUGAUGAACCAACCGGCUCAAAGGAAAUUGAGAGCGACCCAAGCCUACCUGUUCUGGAAGUAAGAACCCUUGAUGAUAUUACAAUGGCCUUUAGGCAAUUAAAUGAAGGAGCAAAUGUUGAGGAAGUCAUUGUGCCCAGUUCGAUCGGAGUCCUGGAAGAUGUGGAUGGAUCAGAGCAUAUAGGAGGAAUGAAUUCAGGCCUGCACGUUGUUGAAGCAAGAUCUCUAGAUGAUAUCCUUGUCAUUAUGAAUCAAAACUCAGAAGAUAAUCAAGAAGUCAUGGGCAAGGAUAUGCAUUAUGAAGAUACUGCAGUGAGCUCUAUGAAGACAACUGAGUCCCAGUCUGUUGAAUUCAGUGUUCGAGAAAGUCGAACGGUCUCUCUUGAUAAAUCUGUGGGAUUGGAUGAAAUAGAGAGCAGCUUAAGCUCCCCAGUUCAUGAUGAAAGAUCUGUUGAUGUCGCAAUGCAAGUUAAGCAAUUAGCUGAAGGAACGGAUGUUGAGGAAGUCGUCCAUCUCCAUUCCACCGCCAAUCAGCAAGGCAUUGACGAAAUAAAAUCAAGUUCAGGCCUGGAAUUUGAAAAGAGUUAUUCUGGUGCUGACCAUAUUACUGUGAAGCAAAACCCAGGAGAUGUGCAGAGAGGGCUGCCUGAGGACAUCCACUCUGAGGAAAAGUCAACAGUUGCUGAAGCAGUGACUGAAGUUUCUUCUACAAAUACAAUCGAGUCCAGCAAGACCCACUCUGGUGUUCAAGAAACUCCCGCUGUUCCUCUUGAAAAAACCAAAGAUGGUUUUGAUGGUCCAUCAGAUGCUUCUAACUUGGCCUCAGUCAGUCCAAGAGGUAAAGCGGUAAAGCAUCACAAGUCAAGCUCCAGCUCUAGCUCCAGCUCAAGUUCUGGCUCAAGUGAUUCUGACCAAAGUUGAGGAUUCAGCAAAAAAGAGUCGAAAAGUCUUGCGGUCAUUUGAUUUUGUUCGUGGUCUUUAAGAUGCUCGUUUUUUUCUCUAGUAUUAUUCUUGCUUCCUGAAAUUGUUAGUGGUAGGUGCAUUUCAGGUCGCUGCCGUAUUGACUGGUUGCUUACCUCAAGAAAUUUUUUUUUUGUUUGAUUUCUUGAAAGUUGAGAGUGAGCAGUUUGAGGCUUUUCUGCGUUUUCUUUUCUGGCCUGUAAUUUGAGGCUUUUCUUGAGAGCUUCUUGUUAUGCAUUUGUAAAUUAGUACUUUGUAGAAUCUGCAAAUGAUUGCUUGUACAUGUACUGCUUGCUUACCACAUUUCCUUGAGUAAGAAGUUGAUUGAUUGUGAUUUUUUUA